UGCUGGAGAUCUAAGUUCGGGUUUCAAGGGCUUACAAGUUUAGGUGGUUGCACCAGUGCUGAAAGAUCGCUUCGCCGCAUGUGGGUGUCCAGUGGAUACGAUUCCUUGCUACCUUGAGCUGUGCAUCUGGUAGCAGAGCUGGAGAAGGUUACUUCAGCGUGUCCUGGCUGACUGUGUGUCAGACCCUUGAAGCCUCACGAUGGGAUGGUGGACAGUACUGCUUCUGUGUGUGGGCAUACCCACGCUUGUGUCACCUGCAUUCCUCGUCUCUCGGGACACUGCUCUUCAGGGCCCUGAGACUGAGGCAAGGGUGAUGAAGAAACGAAGCCCUGAAAAUGUGUUGGAUCAGAGAGCCAUUGAAGUGCAAAGUGUGACGGUGAACUGUAAGGUGGCAUCUCGCUUUGCUCAUACUGUCAUGACCUCUAAGGUGGUCAACAGGGCCAACACCUCCCAAGAGGUCCUUUUUGAUGUCGAGCUACCUAAAACGGCCUUCAUCACCAAUUUCAGCAUGGAGAUUGAAGGAAAAAUCUAUGUUGGGGAGGUGAAAGAAAAGGAGAAGGCCAAAGAGCAGUUUGAAAAGGCUGUGUCCAGAGGCCAAACAGCUGGACUAGUCAGGUGCGAGAAGGAUGUCCACUGGACAUAUAUGACACAGCAUAAAAGGAAUGUAAAUUAUCAUGCCAUGUCUAUCUGA